AUGGGAAGCAAGUAUAACGUUAUACGUUGGUGCAUGGACGAGGGAUUAAUCGCGCGUCAAAGAGAUUGUGCACAUUGCAAAAACCCAAUGAACUUAGUAAAAUGUGAAGACAGGUCAGACGGAUACAAGUGGGAAUGUCGAAGACAAGAGGGAGGGAAGAGACACAAGGUCGAGUUAUCUAUCCGACAAGGUAGUUGGUUUGAGAAGAGCAAUAUGAAAUUAGAGGAAGUCCUUAAAUUUACAUAUUGGUGGUGUUGUGAUGUCAAACAAGAGCAGAUAUGUCACGAGCUAAACAUCGCUUCCCACACGGCGGUAGAUUGGGACAGUUUCUGUCGCGAGACAUGUGAAGUGACACUUUUAGAGCGCGAGGAAAAGGUUGGUGGCCCUGGUAAGUUGUUCAAAUAG